AGUACAGAAGAACAAGAGGAAGCAGCGGAGCCCGCGCUAUUUGUAAAGUAGCCUGUUUUAUUUUAUUUUACGAUUUAAACUUUAGUCAAAGUCAAUCACAUUGUACGUUUGAAACUGAAGACAGUCCUGCCAUUUAAUUUACACUAACCUUACUUCCGUAACUUUGUAAUCUGAAGUGACACACCAAUGACGUAGUAAAGAAGAAGCUAACGGAUGAGACACAGCUGUCAACGACCGGCUGGUUUCUGUCAACAAUGGCAAGGAGUUUGACGGGUUGUCGGGAUUCGUUUCUGCAGCGGACUCUAAAUCAGUUGUCGUCCAAACAGUGCCUAACAUUUAGCAAAGAGGAGUCCGUUCCUGUGGCAGUUAUUGCAAUUCAGCGUUACUUGAGCGACCAAAAGGACGUAGGAGACACAAGCACCUACAGCUACGACGUCACCGUAACAGACGGUGUUUGGAAGAGGAAAUGUUUUCUUCACCCGUCUCUGAAUCACCUCGUCAGCACGAACACACUGAAGACCGGGGAGAACAUCAGCAUCACCCAGUGCUCGUUUGUCUACAACGAGAGACGGCUGGGUCAUGGUUACAUACGAAUUGAGGAGGUUCGCUGCGGGUCCGGUGGGUCUGCGCUUUUGGACGGGAUCAAUGACGUCAGUCAACUGCCGAUGCUGGCCAAGGAUACUAUGGAGAGAAGCGAGGACCUGCGCAGUGACCUGCCGCUUCAACUGACCAGGAAACAUUACCUGCCACUGUGGAACAACGAAGACACCGCGGGAGACAUUUGGACCUCAGAGUGUCCCUCCUCCGACCGAGCACUGGACGUGUCAAAAAUUGAUUUCCUCUCUGAUCUGGGGACUGACAGAAAACUGUUGCUGCCACUCCUUGUGAGAGUCAUCCACAAAUCCAGGUUACAUUAUUACGGCAAGCAUGAACACGAAAUAGAUUUUCCUUACCAGGCCUAUUUUGAAGUUGCUGACAGAAGUGGAACCAUGUCCCUGGUACUUUGGAAUGACCUCUGCCCUCAGUUUUACCAGAGGAUAUGCAUUGGAACUGUGCUGCACCUCCAAAACUAUGUUGUGAAGAAAAGUUACCAGAAACGCACACGGCCCCAAAUGGACCAAUCUAGAUUCAAAUCCUUCCAACUUGUGGAGAUCGGCCUGAAUGUGCGAAACCCAGCCUCAGUCAUCACCGUGGUCUCUCCAAAAAGUGUCCAGCCUCAGUGGGGCUUGCCAGAGGUGUCCUACCAGUUCAUCCCAAGGUCACAGGUUGAAAGCCUAGCCAGCAACUCGGCCUGGGAUGUGAUCGGCUUGGUGAUGUUCGUGGGUCGCGUGGAGAGAGUGAAGAGCAAAGCGAGCACAGGUGCCGAGAAGUUCUGGACGUACCGCUGGGUCCAUGCAGUGGAUGAGACAUCGGCGCACCCGUUCAUCCUGGAGCUUUUCUCCUCCUCCCAGCCGGAAAUAUUCACCACCAUCUCCCCAAUGUCAUACAUAGUCUGCACUCAGAUGAGGGUUCGCAGCGUGGAAGGCUCACUUCCAUAUCUCACCAGCAGCUCUGAGACGCAGAUCUUCAUCACCGGUCAUCACAAGGGUCAACCGUAUGUAAAUGACAACAGGGUGAGGACCUUUAUCCAGUGGACCAAGACUCUGAAGGAUAACACGGUCCUCGAGAAGACUGCCGUCGGCGGUCAUUACUGUUACCCUCACUUACCCCGAACCUAUAGCCGGGCCAAACAAGAGGCUACAACCCCCAUGGUUGCUGCCUCUGACCUCAAGACUGAACUGGAGACCCUCAGCUACAGGGAGCGAAAGAAACUGGCUAUUCAAGGUCAAAUCACAGCAGUGAGAUACAUGAGGAGCUUUCUGGCUCCUCAGGAGGCCGAUGCUGAGCAGGUUCAACCAGACGCAGCAAAGAACGGCCUACAAACUGGGGACUACAGAUCUCAGACAACUCUGGGCUCACCAGUCCAGAGGAAGAGAAGGCGCCGUGCCAGGAACUUCACAGUGCCUCUGAGCAGCAGCAGCAGCAGUGAGCAUGACGAGGACAGGGAACAGCAGGCGGCAGCAGAGAGUCACUGUGCAGAGCAUUGCUGGGAGAGCAGCAAGUGGCCGCAGCAGCGUCUGGACGUGGCUGAGCAUGUGAGUCUGGGGCGUUUGCACCAGCAGAGCCUCAGUCGCAGGUUCAGUCUGGAGGAGAAGGAUGCCCAGCUGCAGUGGCUGAACCUGCAGCCAGGGAGGUGGAGCCCAGAGAGGAGCAGGGACACAGUGACGGAGGUGGACUGUCCUGGAUACUACCUCCUCACCAUCAUAGGAAUCAACAGGCAGAUUUCCAUCAACGCUGCCUUCUACCCUGUGACCUCCUGUGGCGACCCCAGAGCUGUGGGCCUCCCCACUGACCCCCACGACAACACAUUGUUAUCCUGCCUGACCUCCGGCUACAUCUAUCCACUAGGUGUCACUGCAGAGCGGAGAGCAUCCCCUCACCCUUCCCCUGGUAACUCCGACACCUCUCCUCAGUUCGCUAGCGUCACCACUCACGUACAUGACUGUCUUCCAGAGGAGCUGAUGCGGACGGCCUCCGAGCUGGAGGACACACACCUUGUGUGCGCCUUGGAUUUGUGUCAUAUGGGGGGACAGGAAAUAGAAGUGGUGGUCAGCAAGAUCUAUAAAAUGGCCGAUGUUUCUGACGAAUGACAACUGUCCUCCAUAACACAAUAAUGUUUGUAUGAAAACAAUAUUUUUCAAUGAAGAAUCUUUUGUUUCACUUUUUUAUUCAACGUUAAAAAAAAAAUUUUCAUCUGUUUUUGCGUGUAGUCGAUCAUUUCUUCAUGUCAGGAGAACACAUGGGCAUAAUCUUCAUGCCCGCUAACACUCUAGCUGGGCAGUGGGGGGCGUUAUACUUGCGGUGGAGAUCUACAACCUGCUGGUUUGGAGAAUUUCUGGCUAAGACAAGCAGUGGCGACAAAUCAGAAGCGAUAGUUUGGACAUGUGGAGGAGAGACAGAACAUUUUGGGGGAACUCCAGUGUUAGACAUGUCAGGUAGAAGAACAUGAGGAGGAUCGGUGCGACUACGCUGGAAGAUCUGUCACUUAAAACUCCCAGGUUGGAAUGAAAGCUGGUCCAUUAUGCCAACAUCAAGUGUGGCAAAGAGGAAUGUCCGAGUCACUGCUGAGAGCUCUUUGACCUGUAGGUCAGAUCUGGUAACUGACGCAGUGUUUUGUCACAUGACAUCGCAAAUCAAUAAUUUCAGAUGGCUCUGGUGUUUGAUCAGAGUCAGAGCCACCAGCUGGGUACGUGGCUACAGGAGCGGCACAACUACGCAUGUUUCAAAUAACAACUUGAUGAGUCACAGCAGAAGCAAAUCAAUGUUUUUGAAAGUCAAACAAAUACUACCCGCCACUCAUUCAUGGCUCUUAACAGCUGUCAAUGCACCGUAAUAACUAGACGCUUUAGCGAUUACCAUUGAAAGAGAAAAACCUUUAAAUAGUAUUCAGGAAUUAAAUGGUUUUGGCCACUGGGGUCGCCUUCUUUACUAAAUUAAUUUAUGGUUGCAAUUGAUAGACGAUUUACCCAACUUCAGUAAUAAAAUGAGAAAUGACUAUUUCUGUAAUUCUAUUUCAGAGCAGCAGUGAAUACAUAAUACGAUUCGUGCCACUAACAGCAGAUGGCCGAUGAUUUUUACAUGACAAUUUUGCACCACUGUAAAACUCCCAUCUUUGAAUUCUGAUGUUCUUAUCUAUGUCAGAGACGAUAAAUAUGUGAAAUAAAAUUGCGUUUUUGAAAAAAAUGCGAAAAUAUGAAGCACUUUUUGUCCAUUCCAAGCGCUUGUUCAAUCAAAGAGGCGACGAUUAAGGACUUGUUUCUCACAACAGCAAUUAAAAGCUCCGGAUUCAUUCCUCAGAGAACUCGUUCGGUCAGAAUCAAGCGAUGCAUAUGUUUAAAAAUAUUUAUUCUUCACAAUGACCAGGUUCUGAUUUAUAAAUAAUUCAAUAUAACAUUAUCAAGAUAGAUAUAUUUUUCCGGAUGUAAACGCAAUUAGUUAAUUUCUUUCCAACAACAUGAACAAUGUCCGUAAAGCUUAUUUUGAUGGUAAAUACAGAAAUGAAGGGGAGAAAACAAGCCGUACAAUGACUGUGCAACACCAACUCAAACACAAAAACAGCCUCGUCGCCUCUAGUAAGACACUUCAUUAUCUGUUACAAAAUGAUUUUAAUUUUAAAAUCAUGUAAUAUAUACUGUAUAUCUGUAAGCUAAGACAUACACAAUAAACAACUGUGCCGUCUAUUUUUUUUGUACAUUCUAUUUUACAAUAUAUCCACGUUUGUUCUGCUCUGAAGCCGCAGAAAUGGCUCGUAUGAAUCAGGUCGGUUUGUCCCUCGGUACAGAAAUGUUGAAGGGGAAACGAACAAAACACUUUCAGAUGAAAAAGCAACCACAAAAAUAGAAGUACCGUAGAAACAAUGUGAUUAUUCACAGCCAAUUUCAUUAAAAAAAAAAAAAAAAAAAAAAAAAAAAUCAGCCACAAAA